ACUUAUGUUGUUGUUAUCGAGCAGAAAGUAGCUCGUAUACUUGCUAGCUGUAAAUCAUAAUGUAAUACUGACAUUGUCAAGGCGGUUGUUUGUAUUUCAUUCAUUUGAUAAUCUUCUUUUAAAAACGUAUAUUUUGGAAAUGUAACUCAUUGCUUUGAUUUAGCUGUCUGACGUUCUGUCAAGUUCAGCUUGCUAGCUAACGCAGCUAGCUAGCUAACGUUAGUUACAACGAACGACAGGGACAGUCAUAUUUUCCAGGCUGUAUGAAGGCGUUUGAAAACACGUUAGAACAAAAUGGAUUGCACGGCACUGGAGCACGAUGCAGUUAAAUUUGCUAAAACUGCUGUCAUCUGCGACCAGAAUGGAAAAUACAACGAGGCUGUCUUCUAUUAUAAGGAGGCGGCGCAAGCCCUGAUCUACGCCGGCAUGGCAGGGUCUAAACUGGAGGGCAUCCAGGAUAAAGUCAAUGAGUACCUGGACCGGGUUCAGGCCCUGCACAAUGCUGUUCAAGCUCAAAGUAGCGACCCUCUGAAGAGCAAGCAGCAGGUGGAUCUGGAGCGGGCCCACUUCCUGGUCACACAGGCCUUUGAGGAGGAUGAGAAGGGCAAUGGGGACGAGGCCAUCGAACUCUACACACAGGCCGUGGAACUCUGCAUCCAGACGUCUAAUGAUACGACAGACCAGGGGCUGCAGGGCAAACUGAAGCAGCUGGCUCGUCAGGCCCUCGAUAGGGCGGAGGGGCUGAAGGAGUCCCAGUCCGCCAGUCCCUUAGCCCAGUCGCCACAGGACAGGCCGGGGCCCUCAGGGGCCAAACCCAGUGGGGGGCCUUGCCCCGUCAGACAGUUCUUCCCCCUGGGGCCUGACUUCUCCCUCCAGGACCGCCCCCAGCCAGUCAGGCCGGUCCAAUCCAGCGAGCCGCAAGGCCAGCGCUACACCUCAGAGGAGAUAGAGGUGCUCAGGAGCACGUCCAAGAUCAACAGCAUUCCCUUUGUCCCCUUCAUGAGCGUGGACCUGAAGGAGAGAUUUGCCUUUCCUGUUCCAUUCUCGGACAAACUAGGCAAGCUGGCCCUGUCUCCCAAGCAGAAAACCAUCUUCUCCCGCUGGGUUCGCCCUGACGAGAUCUGCAAUAACCCCACCAUGAUAUUAUCUGUAUCCAGCUUCAGCAUCAAACAGACGGUGGUGUCUGACUGCUCAUUCGUGGCGUCAUUAGCCAUCAGCGCUGCCUAUGAGCGACGCUACAACAAGAAGCUCAUCACCAGCAUCAUCUACCCCCAGAACCGGCGGGGGGAGCCAGAGUAUAACCCCUGUGGGAAGUACAUGGUGAAGCUUCACAUCAACGGUGUGCCCAGGAAGGUCAUUAUAGACGACUUCCUUCCAUGUGGUCAGAAUGGAGAGCUGCUGUGUUCCUACUCCAGCAACAGGAACGAGCUGUGGGUCUCCCUCAUAGAGAAGGCCUACAUGAAGGUCAUGGGAGGCUACGACUUCCCUGGAUCCAACUCGAACAUCGAUCUGCACGCACUCACUGGCUGGAUCCCAGAGCGUAUCGCCAUGCAUUCAGACAAUCAAUCGUUCAGCAAGGACGACACCUUCCGCAUGCUCUACCAGAGGUUUCACCGAGGCGACGUCCUAAUCACCACGGCAACGGGGGUGAUGACAGAGGAGGAGGGCGAGAGGUGGGGCCUUGUGCCAACGCAUGCCUACGCUGUCCUGGAUAUCCGGGAGCACAAAGGGAAGCGGUUCCUGCAGCUGAAGAACCCGUGGAGCCACCUGAGGUGGAAAGGCCGCUUCAGUGAACGGGACGAGAAAAACUGGACCCCAGAACUUCUCAAAUACCUCAACUUUGACCCCAAGACCGCACAGAAGUUUGAUAACGGCGUGUUCUGGAUCACGUUUGAGGACCUGUGCCAGUACUAUGAUGUCAUCUACCUGAGCUGGAGCCCCGCCCUGUUCAGAGAGUCUUCCUGUAUCCACAGUAGCUGGGAUGGGAAGCAGGGCCCGGUGAAGGAUGCCUACAGCCUGGCCAACAACCCUCAGUACCAGCUGGAGGUGACCUGUCCUGCAGGGGGCACUGCUGUCUGGGUGCUGCUUACCAGACACAUCACUGACAAGGACGACUUUGCACAAAAUCGGGAGUUCAUCACCUUGGUGGUUUACAAGACCGAGGGAAAGAAAGUUUACUACCCUGCGGACCCUCCCCCCUACAUAGAUGGGAUCAGGAUCAACAGCCCCCACUACCUGACCAAGAUGAGACUAACCAGCGCUGGAACACACACCUUCACACUGGUGGUGUCACAGUACGAGAAGCAGAACACCAUCAACUACACCCUGAGGGUGUACUCUGGAUGCAAGUUCUCCUUCUCCAAGAUCCCAACGCCCUUCACUCAUACCAAACGGAUCAAUGGCCAGUGGAAGGGGCUGAGUUCAGGGGGCUGUGGGAACUACAAGGACUCGUACAAGCACAACCCAAUCUACCAGUUUAACCUGGAGCGCCCAGGACCCAUGCUCAUAGAGCUACGAGGCUCCAGGCAGUACAGUGUGGGCUUUGAGAUGGUGACCGUGUCCACUGUAGUAGAGCCAGGGCCUGCAGGCCUUCCGAAGAGGAACAGUGGAGACUACAGGUGUGGUUUCUGCUACAUGGAGGCAGACCAUGUCCCCUGCUGGCAUCUACACGUCAUCCCCACCACCUUCCUGCCCAAACAGGAAGGACCCUUCUUCCUGGACUUCAGCAGUGCCACGCCCCUAAAGGUCUCCCAGCUCCAGUAAGGAGAGGGGGGAAGGAUUUGGGGGUGACACCAGGAAUAACUUGCCCACAACAUGGACACUCACUGUUCCCUAAACUCUGGGUGGAACUUGUUACAACUGCAGGAGGACCCAAAAGAGACAGACUGACUAUUUUAUU